AUGAGGGCCAAAAAGACUUCCUACAUGAAGAUCAAGCUUCAGGGGACAUCUAUCGGCAUCAAACAAUGUCCAAAAAUAGCAAGGAAAGCUUCCCAGGGUCCCAGAACACAAAAACUGGACAAAACAGGUCGAGACCACCGUCCCAGAGUUGGGACGGCCGUCCCAACUCUCCUGGGACAAGUGAGACGCGCGUCCCACAUGUGGGACGGCCGUCCCACUUCUUGUAGGUACCCAUCAGAAUCUGUCAAAAUGCAGAUUCGGACCAGGUGGGG